CACACAUAACCAGAGGUUUAAAAGGAUAGCGCCUAAACUAAACAGUUGCGUGCUUGGCGGAGUCAUGUGUACUGGAGUGUAUACGUUCAGGAUAUGAGUAAUCACUAGGUUAUUUGCAUUAGUUGGCAACCAACAUUUUCUUUAUUUUUGUUAUAGUUUUAAUCUUUAAACAUUUCCUGACUACCUGGUUCACGUUAUUUAUUCUAAUGCCGGUUUACAAAGUGAAUAUAAAGUGGCAGAAGAAUAAGUACUCAAAUGUGGAAUGUAACACCGAUGAGUGUCCCGAGUUAUUCAAGGCGUUACUUUUCUCGCUUACUGGUGUUCCUCCCGACCGUCAAAAAAUUAUGAUGCCUGGAGGAAUAUUAGGCGAUAAAGAUUACAAUGGCAUUAAACUGAAGGAUGGAAUUAACGUCAUGCUUGUUGGGUCUGUUGACGAAGUACCAAUUUCCGAAACCCCUUGUUUGGAUGAUUCGAAAGUUGCGCAUUACACUGAAGACACUAUAAAACUACCGCCUGGCCUCGUUAAUCUUGGCAACACUUGUUAUAUGAAUGCAGCUGUGCAAUUGCUUUUCUCAAUCCCAGAAUUGCGUUUAGCUUUGCAGAUAUGCCGUUUUCCCCAAACUUCACUGAAUUCGCCGAAUCUUGAUUCCCUGUGCGAAAGCUUGAAGUUUUUGUUCAAUUCCCUAAGCAAAACUGAAAAACCGGUUACUCCUCUGCUCUUCUUGACUUGCUUGCACAGUGUUUGUCCGCAGUUCGCCUCACGUGCAUCGUCUUCUGAUGCAAGUAAAUCCGCUCCAGGUGCUCUAUCUAUGAUUACUCAUGGCUUCGAACAACAAGAUGCUAGUGAAUGUUGGACAGAGCUAAUCAGAGCAUUACAGAGUAGCAAGAUUGAUUCUCAAGUUUAUGCGUCAACAGUGAAUUUGCCUCAAAGUUUUUGUACAACAUCCCAAUGGAAUCCUAUAGAAAGAUUUCUUGCUGGUCAGUUAUCUUGCAAACUUACAUGUACUGAAUCAGAUGAACCCGAAACAGAUAGUCUAGAAACGUUUACUCAACUUUCUUGCUUCAUGCAUCAAGAUGUAAAAUAUUUGCUCACUGGUAUUCGAAAUGGAUUAACGGGAAAUCUAACUAAGCAUUCAUCUUUGCUGGAUCGAAACGCAGUUUAUAAACGUCUGUCUCUUAUUAGUCGGCUUCCAGCUUACUUAUGUAUUCAUUUUGUUCGCUUCUUCUACAAGGAAGAUAAACAGAUUAAUGCUAAGUUUAUGUAUAAAUUACAACUUUAAAAGAAAACGAAUAAUUACUGUUGCCAGUCCGAAAUGUUCCUGCUUGGAGAUAACUAACAGUCAUGUUCGUAGAAAAUACUCGGAGAUCCUCUCUAAAUUAUCCCGCUGUAUAAGCUGCAAAUUCUGAUUAUUGUGUUACGUAUAUUUCAGCUUUGUGGUUCGUCAAUUUAAACUAACUACACUUUUUAUGAUAAAAGUUGUUGAUCUCAAAAGACAGUUUUCGUAUAAAAUUCACGCUUAUGAAAAUCCUUGUGAUGCAAAGUAAAAGGUCUGAGGAGCGUCGUUGGUACAUUUUUACUAAAAGAUGUAUCUCGUAGUUCCAAAUGAUCAAUCUUUAUUCUGAAGGUCGUAAAGCUUUUAAAAAAUUCGUGAUACUACUAUGCGUAUUAUUUUAUAGAUUUUAAAGGAUGUAAAAUUUCCACUAACAUUGGAUAUGCACGAAUUUUGUACGCCUGAGUUGCAGCGGAAAUUACUACCCAUGCGUGAAAAACAGCGCCUCAAAGAAGAUGAAGUGGUUAAUCCCUCAAGUCAAACAAAUACUUUCAAAAGUAAACCAGAUUCUGUACGACCUGAUCCAUUCCAAAAUCCUGACUUGUACGAACCUAACUUUUUCGCUGAUGAUCCCGGUUCGAAUAACUCUGGGUACUACGAUCUUCAAGGUGUUUUGAGCCACCAAGGUAGGACAAGUACUAGUGGGCAUUAUGUUGCUUGGGUGAAAAAACAAGAUUGCCUACAAAAGAACAAGUCAGGAGGGGUCAAGUGAUGAUUACAUCACAACUCUAUCAGUUCGUCUACAGAAAGCAUUAUUAAAUCUAAAUUGUACGUAGAGAGUACAUUUCAGAAGUAGCUUUCCUUGGUAGUAUCACGGGGAAGCAAAUAUCAAGGUUUUUUUCUCGUUAUAGUCAUACAAAAACAUAUGGUCUCCACAAAAUAAACAUGUAGAGAGUGAAAAAACUUGGAUGAAUCCAUAGUGUUGCAUACAAUGGUAUCACAUCUGAAGAGUUGAGAGAUUUAUGCUAACCCCUCAGUAAUCAAUAAUUGGUAAGAAAAGUUAUUUAUUUUCAUGGGAAAUAAAAGAAAAUUAUUAAAAAAUUGGGAAGGAUUUUCGUGGAGUUCGAAGUUGAUGACAGAGUCAUCUUUUAAGAGGCUCCUUCAGAGAAUUUGUCAGCAUCUGAUAAAAUGGAAAAUCUGCCUGGAGACAUCUAGGGUUAAUACCAGUAACGAGCCCGGUUAAACGAAAAAUGAUGGAUACACUGUUAUCAACAAUACCUCGUCAAAAAACGCAAACAAGAAGAAAUCAUCUAAACCCUUUAAACUCUGCCCUGUGAAGAAAAGGGUUUCGUCACACAGAAAAUUUAUGAUGUGUCAUGAUGAACGCCAGGAUUCUUCGGGAAACACAAGACUGAUGAGCAUUCUGACAACCGAAGCAACAACCUCUGUAGGUACGUGGAAUGUUCAAAUAACCGCCAACAUGAGUACAACCUGAAUCUGCUUCAAAUAAAUGAAACCCAUUAAAUACAACAUGGACAGAUAAGACUGACUUCGGCAGAGGUGUUAUUAUAUUCCGAUUACGGAGAAAAUGCCAUAGACAAAGAUUUGCUUUGACGCUGUCCAAAGAAACACGAAAAGCACUCCUGGAUGGAAAAUUCAAGCAACCUUUAAGACGAAGAAGUUAGGGAUCAUAAUGCAUGUAGUUAAGUACUGCACCCACCAACAAUAUCAUCUCAGAUUAUAACGAUCGCUUUUCCCCGUCAUUACAGUUCAUUGUGGAGAAAUAAUCAGGAAAACCCUGAUCAUCUUGAUAAAGGGACUAAAUACGAGCAGUCUCUUAUCUUCAAAAGACUCAACACUCCUUGAAGGACACUUUUCUUUACAUGACAUCUUACUUAUGAACAUGUAAUCAGAUGUUAUUACCCUCUUAAAAUUCUUCAUAAUUAUUAUUCAACUAUUGAUAUCACCUCUAUGUCCUUCCUUUUUUCCUCAUAUCUAUCUCCCAUAUUUUUGUUCUGCAAAUUAUUCUCGUCUUGCUAUGUUCCUUUAACAUCUAGAUCAUUACACAACCUUCAUUUGACACCUACAAACCGCCAAACACUGUGAUAAAUGUGAGUUCUUUUUAUUUUUUCUGCAGAUGCAUAUAUUUAUUAAUUCACUGCGAUUGCAUAGCCUUAGUACAUGAUAUUGCCGAAAAGAGAAUUAUCUUCGCAUAAAUACCUUUAUACUUUCU